AUGUACUGUCAUAUCCUUGAAAAUCGCUGUUUCACGGUAUUUUUAUCUAUUGCAGUAGUUAUUUACUGGUAUUUUGCUAUUAUCGGAGCACUGAAUAUAAAAACUAGACUAGAUACGGUAAAAAUUUUACCCCGAGACUCACCGAUACAAAGGCCAAAUCGAAUACUUAAUGAUAUAAUUUGGGAUGAAUAUCAUCCGGUGACAGUACUUGUAAAUAAUCCAUUGGAUAUCCGGCAACGACAACCAUUGCAACGAUUUUGGCAACUUGUCGAUGAUUUUGAAAGUUUACCACUAUGCAGAGGGAAUAUCUCAACAUUACUAUGGCUUCGUGACUAUGAGCAUUUUUAUAAGCAUGGAGAUCCCUUAUCAUCAUUGUGGUCAUUUCUUUAUUUGGAAGAUACUAAGUCAGUCAGUAAAGUUUCUCAUUCUGAAACAGGUCUUGAUUUUGACAAACUGGAAAGUUUUCUCGAUUCACCCUUUUAUGGACACUGGAAUACGUGUAUGAUCGUGGCUAAUACAAAAGAUGGACUUCGAGUGAACCGUUUUUGGUUUAUUGUCGCGUAUAAAAAUACAUCAACAUGGGAAGUACGAAUUGAGUUAAUGGAGAAAUGGCGUAAGAUUGCUGAUGAUUACAAAGAUUUAAAUGUGACAGUUUGGGAAGCUAAUGGAAUGUUUGUGGACCAAAUGCUUAGUUUGAAAACAGUUGCGAUACAGACCGGGACAUUAACAUUAAUCUGUAUGGCAGUUGUAUGUGCGUUGUUUAUUCCGAAUCCGUGUAGUAUCAUAACGGCUUCUAUCGCAAUUGCUUCCAUAAGUCUCGGUGUAUUUGGAUUUCUAUCUUGGUGGCAUUUUGAUCUGGAUCCGGUAACAACGGUUGCAGUUUUAAUGUCUAUUGGUUUAUCAGUGGAUUUCACCGCUCACGUCUCUUAUCACUAUCAGCUAACGAAUCGACGAGAGAUUCGAAAUAAAAAAAUUGUGAAAAUACCAAUUAAAGGGCCACACGAAAAGCUCCAGCAUACUUUGGAAAGUGUUGGCUGGCCAAUGAUCCAAGCUGGUGCAUCGACAGUGAUGUGCGUUUUACCACUUGUUUUUUUGCAGAGUUAUUCACCAAUGGUCUUUUUCAAAACGAUUAUCCUUGUGGUAUCGUGGAGCUUAUUGCAUGGACUUAUCAUCUUGCCGGCAGUUUUGGGUACUCUGCCGGAUUGUCUAACAAAUGCUAACUGUUACCGGACAUUCUUAUCGACAAGUAGUCAAAAAUCCUGUCGUUAUAUGGGGCCAAAUGAAAUGGAUCCAAUCGAUGGACCGGAAAUGGAAUCCAGUGAUUAG